UUUACAUAAUUUCGGUUUUUUCCGAAUAUCUCUGGAAGUAUUCGGAAUCUUUCUAGUUUCAAAACGGCAUUCUAUUGGUCAUAAAAUUGCGCAAGUUUGUCAUACUUUAACCGACCCCGUUUCUCUUACGGUUACCAAGAUCCCAAUGAUGAGGCUCGAAUUUGGGCCACCCUGUACUUUAUUAGCAAUAAGCCCAAUAGAAAAAGUGGUAGUUUUUAUUAUAGUGUAUUUCUUAAUAAGCUGGUAUAAUUAAACAAACUCGACUAAUUUUAAUCCCCUUAAUCAUCUGAAGAGUGAAAGCUUUUGGCACACAGCUUUUCUUUCUUAUGAAAAUCACCUAAUUUUCAGUGAUCAAAAAUUUGACCGAAUAAAACGUCCAAUGAACGCUUUUAUGGUCUGGUCAAGGAUCAGAAGAAAACAUAUUUCCACCGACUACCCUAGACUACACAACUCUGAAAUUUCGAAAUUAUUGGGCGCGGAAUGGAAAAUGUUAUCUGAGAUCGAAAAAAUGCCUUUUAUUGAUGAAGCCAAAAGACUGAGAAGCCAACACAUGGUGGAUUACCCACAUUACAAAUAUAAGCCGCGUAGAAAGAAUAAGGAACAAAAGGAAACAAACAGUGAAAAAAAGGCUAAAGCUGGAUUUUAUGAUCCUCUACAGAUUGCAAUUAAUAGGACUUUUUAUGGAACAACUUGUGAAAAAGUGCCUUUUUCCAUCCAAAUAGACCAUGCCAAAAAAUACUAUCCAGAGGUAAAUGCCCCAGCCUACUCACCUCCAACGGCCUACAAUCCUUUGCCAGAUGGCUUACCAACCUCUACAAUUCCUAAUUACGGAACUCCAAAAUAUGAUUUCCAAGAACAAAUAACAACUGCUUCCUACAAAGAAAGUGAAAAUAGCACUUUGACGCAGGAUUAUGGCUCCGGUUCGCACCCUUUGCCGCCAUGCAACUCGUUGCCGGGCAAUUUCCAUCACCGAGCGUUGUUAAGGGCAGCUUCCCUCUACGCUUACCACGAUUUGGCUUCUAAUAACACUUUGCCGGUGUAUUUUCCACAGAUUUAGGAUUAAAUCUUAUGGUUUGCAUGUAGGAUUUUUUUUUAUAGCCGAAUAAUUAAUUAUUUCCUGGAAGUAGGAUUAGUUUAAUUUGGACACCAUAGAAAAUAUCGACUAAUUAUGUACGGAAUAAGAGGCCCAUAAAAGAAAAAGCCAUAAAACUACAUAUAUAUAGGUACUUAAUCAAAAUGGCA